AUGCCUAUCAUGUGGACUUGGUGCUCAAGAUUCUUGUGUCAACUCGUCUUACUUAUUCUCUUGAAUACGCCAGUGUUUCGAAGAGGCAGUUAUCAACUGAUCGACAUCGACGCCCAUGUUUCAUCUCGCCAGCAGUCUCAUGAACUUUUUCCAAAUUUCCAAAUCUAA